ACAAGGAGGAGUAUAAGAUACUUGUCUUGUUUUCAUCCAGAAACGUGCCCCCCAUCUCCCAUUAUAUCAAGCAAGCGGAAUUUACAAUUUACUUUCAUUAUUACUUUCAUGGAAUUCUUAUAAUAAUUGGAAAAUUCAUCCCUGCAUGGUAGGUUGACUCACAUGAGGUGUUCAGGUGACAGAAUCACAUUUUAGUUAAGAAAGGUAGAUCUAGUAACAAGGAUUAAACUACUUGAUAUUAAACAAUCAUGGGCCUGCCAGGUGGUUUCAGCGUCGUGCACUGUGUUGGGACAGUUCUACUUGGUAUUGGAUUGAUACUGCACAUAGUGGGACUGGCCACCCCAAGCUGGGCGUCUGGAACACGUACAGAUUCAAGAGGUGUCUCUGUUACCAAGAUGUACGGACUGUGGAAACUGUGCGAUGGAUCAGAGUGUAAAGAUUUGUCUGACUAUUCAACUAACAUCCCAGAUACAUGGAAGGCUGCAAGUGCCUUUUCUAUUCUGGGCAUGGUGGCAGGAAUAGCAGCUUUAGGUCUGGCUUGCUAUCAUUUUAUUAUGCGUGUUCUUGCUAAACCAGAAACGCAAACUUUGAAGUUCAUUAUAAUGGUAGCUGGAAUUUUAGCACUCUUGUGUGUUAUCAUCAGUACCAGUUGCUUUGGCGGAGGCGUGUAUCAGAAGUAUGAAAUGGACAAAGCGGGUUUAGACAUCGGGUACUCCCUCAUCCUGAGUGCUGUCGGUGGUAUCGUCAUCUGUAUAGGCGGAGUGGUGUUUUUUGUUGCCAGCUAGGGGGUGUGCUACUAUAAUGUCUCUUGAGUUAUGUAGUUCCCCCCCCCC